AUGACUGUGUGUUUAAGAAUGCUGGGCCUUAUGGCCGUUACAAUCGGUCAUAUAACACAAGGUAUGAUCAUCUACAACCCUACUUCGUACACGAGCCGGUACACGGAUCCAUGUUCGCCAAGCCCGUGCGGUUCCAACAGUCAGUGCCGCGUGGCCGAGGGAAGACCUGUUUGCAGCUGUCUGCCCGGCCACUGGGGAAAUCCGACGACCUACUGUCAACGUGGAGAGUGCGAAGUCAAUCAAGACUGCCCAAACUCAAAAGCUUGCCGUAAUUACAAAUGUGAAGAUGUAUGCUCAGGACAGUGCGGACGUAACGCUGAUUGCUCGCCCAGGAAUCAUAUUGCGGUGUGUUCCUGUCCAGCCCGCUAUAUCGGUGAUCCGUCAGUGUCUUGUCGCCAAAUGGACCCACAAGAACUAUGCUACCCCAGCCCGUGCGGCCAAAACACCAAAUGCGAAGUGAUCAACGACGUACCGGUGUGCACCUGUCUUUCGGGUUACAUCGGUUCGCCUUCUUCUGGUUGCCGUCACGAAUGCGAUUCAGACUACGAUUGUGGUCCAUCCCAGAUGUGCCAACAGUACAAGUGCACAUCAGCAUGCUCUCCAGGAACUUGUGCUCCGACUGCGAUAUGUGAUGUCCACAACCACCGAGCUUCCUGUUCGUGUCCGAAAGGUUACUUUGGCGACCCGUACACAUCGUGCCGGGCCGAGUGUCUGUCUCACGCCGACUGCCCGGCGGACCGUCCGGCGUGCUCGGGCGAGAGGUGCGUGAACCCGUGCAGCGGCAACGUAUGCGGCGUCAACGCCAACUGCGAGGCGCGGGGCGCGACGCCCAUAUGCAGCUGCCCACGGACCAUGACCGGUGACCCGUUCGUCCGGUGCCGUCCGUUCGAGCCGGCCGACCUCUGCGAACCGAACCCGUGCGGCGAGAACGCCCGGUGUCAGCCCGGCCACGACGUCACCGGCAAGGAGCGGCCGGUGUGCACGUGCCUGCCCGGUUACACAGGCGACGCUCUAACUCGGUGCAGGCGCGGCGAGUGCUCCGUCGACGCCGAGUGCCGUCACGACCAGACGUGCGUCGACUACCAGUGCAGGAACGUGUGCACGGGCCAGUGCGGCGUGGACGCCGAGUGCAACGCCCGCAACCGGGUGGCCACGUGCUCCUGUCCGCCCGGUUACACGGGCCACGCCAUGACCAGGUGCUAUCCGAAGUCGACGACAUCCGGGCGCGUCUACUACAACAACCGCAAGAAGUGA